GGCUGCUACUCACAGAGUUCUCAGGCGCGAGCUUCAGCCUGUAAAGUAAGCACCGCGAAGUGUUGUCGCUUCCACAAAACUGUUAAACAACUGACUAUAUUGUAGAGGAAGAUGACGGACAAAACAAAAUGUUUGUUCUUUUUGCUGCAACUUUGCACGGCUCGACUCUUGCUCGGGGUGAACGGUGAUAGCUGUAAAGUGAAUAUUUGCUCUAAUGGUGGAACUUGCGUGACCAGAGAAGGAGAUCCCUUCAUUUGCAUCUGCCCCGAUGGCUUCACUGGAGAGACGUGCAAUGAGAUGGAGACAGGUCCCUGCAAACCCAACCCGUGCAAGAACGAUGGUGUGUGCAGCGCGACGGGCCACUCCCGCCGCGGCGACGUUUUCAGCGAGUAUGUCUGCAAGUGCCAGCCGGGAUUUGAGGGCGUCCACUGCCAGAACAGUGUCGAUGGGGCAGAUUUAAGCUCAAGAAAAGACGUCAACGACUGUGCCCGGCAGCCCUGCCAGAACGGCGGCACCUGCAGGGACCUGGAGGGAGAUUUCAAAUGCCAAUGCCCGUCGCCUUUCGUGGGCAAAAACUGCCAGCUGCGCUGCAUUUCCCUGCUCGGCAUGGAGGGAGGAGGCGUGGCCGAGUCACAGAUCUCCGCCUCUUCAGUCCGCUACACCUUUCUGGGCAUGCAGCGCUGGGGGUCGGAGCUGGCACGCCUCAACAACAAGGGUCUGGUGAACGCCUGGAGCCCUGCCCCUCAUGACAGGAACCCCUGGCUGGAGGUCAACAUGCAGAGCAAGAUGCGCGUCACGGGCAUCGUUACGCAGGGCGCCAGUCGCGUGGGAACAUCAGAGUUCAUUAAGGCCUUCAAAGUGGCCUCCAGUCUGGACGGCAAGACGUACACCACGUACAGGACUGAAGGACAGAGGAAGGACCAGAUAUUUGUUGGAAACGUCGACAACGACAGCACAAAGACCAACGUGUUCGACCCGCCCAUCAUCGCUCAGUACAUCCGCAUCAUCCCGGUGGUGUGUCGUAAGGCCUGCACUCUGCGCCUGGAGCUGGUGGGCUGCGAACUCAAUGUGUACUCAAACGCCUCAGGUUGCUCGGAGCCGAUGGGCAUGAAGUCCCGGCUGGUGUCCGACCACCAGAUCAAGGCUUCCAGCACCUUCCGCACGUGGAACAUUGACGCGUUCACCUGGCACCCCCACUACGCCCGGCUGGACAAGCAGGGCAAAACCAACGCCUGGACCGCCGCCGGCAGCAACAAAUCAGAGUGGCUGCAGGUGGACCUGGAGUCUCCCAAGAAGAUCACCGGAAUCAUCACGCAGGGAGCCAAAGACUUCGGCAACGUUCAGUUUGUCUCAGCGUUCAAAGUGGCUCACAGCAAUGACGGGCAGUCCUGGACAGUACUGAAGGACGAGACGGCAAAGACGGACAAGAUCUUCUCCGGCAACAGCGACAACAACGUGCACAAGAAGAACCUCUUUGAGACGCCGUUCUACGCCCGAUACGUGCGCAUCCUGCCGUGGGAGUGGCACGAGCGCAUCACCCUGCGGAUGGAGCUUCUGGGCUGUGACGAGUAGCGGACAUGUCCGCCUCCUCUUCAGUCUUUGCUCUACCUCUAUCAAACUACGCCAAGUUCCUCCACUUCUUCUUCCCUCCCACCUCCUCCUGCACUGCCUGGCUCUGAGCCCUAGAGGGCAGCAAACACCGUCAAUCGGAGAGAGGAGGGAGGUUCAACACAAAGCCCACAUGUCUGCUGUCUCAUCCAGCUGAUUAUUAACCACUUCAUCAUGAGACCACCCAAUAGUAGCUGCCUGGACUUAGAGACCCCCAGCUGGUGAUGUAUAUACAAGUUUUUACUCUCUUCUUCUUCUUCACUUUUGUUUGAGUGGAUAUUUGUUCGCCUGCAUCAUAACCUUUUUUUGGAGCUUGCAGAGUGUUAGUGUGUGGGGGUGGUGUAUCAAGCUGUCAAAGCUGGGGCCAAACUUGAGUGAGGUUUUUGUGGAUUAUUGUAAAACAAUGAAAUAAAAAAAAUAUAUAUUAAAAAAAGAUAUUAAAAAAAUAAAUUGUUAUAAAAAAAUUAAAAAAAAUUAUUUAGCUGAUGCUGCCAAAAAACACAGUCUUAUGCUUGAGCUGAUUGGUGCUGCUGUUAGUUUAGUGGCUGACCGACAUUAUCGCUGCUGUGAGUUGAUUCGUCUCAUCUGUGUAGGGCGACGGCGUUCAAAAGCAGUCACUGACAAAAGUCUUCUAGCAGCUGAAACAUUUCACGUAAAUAAGUUCUUCACCACUUUGUUGCCAUUUUUUAUGUUUGUGGGUGUCGUGCGUAUGUAGCAGUUGUGCACUCACUCUCUCGGCUGCGUCUUGUUUCUCCCUACUCUUCGAACUCCAAGUCGAAGUAUGAGAGUAGAGCGUGCUGACUCCCGAGCUAAAAGCCCGGACUAUAAAUUCGAUAGCCAGGACUGCUCUUGAAGUUGUCAGGGAGUGAGGUUUACUAACGAACACAUGGCCGAGCCGCAGGCCUCCGUUACACGUACGGGAACAACAUGGAGGUAAACAAAGAGUUUAGAUUACGAUAAUUAUUCACGCUGUCCUCCACUGGUGAGCGAGCAUGACUCCCUGCUGAGAAUAACUAGGAAAGCAGAUACAAUCCUCAACCACACCCCCUCCUCCCCGCCGCACCUUCCUCCGUCACCUCGCCUUUUCCGCCCCAUGAAUUAUGAAUUAUGGGCUUGUGCAAUAUUAUGCUGCGUUUGCUUUGGAUAACGAUGCGAAUUAAUGCGGCGCGCAUACCAGAUGGCGUAAAAAAUGCAUGAAGGGGGACUGUCGUCAAUGUCAAACACUGAACGACGCGGCAGGUGCGUCCACGUAUAUCAUAAAUAUAAAUAUAUCAUGUAAAUAUCUUUUUCCCCCUCUUCUUCUUUCAACUUGGUAUUGAUGUCUAUCUUUGUCCUCUUUCCUGCUAUAUGGAUCAUUUGGACUGGAUCCCAGUCGUGUGUUUUGAAGCAAAUUCUUUGUAUCGUUCAAACAAUUAAAUGAAAAUAAAUGUUUAAAAUGUG